AUGAUACUUUUUGUUUGGUCUUUAGUUUCAACAGCAAUCGAGGCAGCUAGAAAACGCCAUAUUGCCAACUUCCUUCGUGCCUUAUUAGCUCAACAACGGGUAACUAGAAACUAUGAAAUGCUCAUAUGGAAAACUAUUGUUAGAUCUUCUCGAUAUUUAUCUGCUCAACGACCCAGCUCAACAUCAAGAUUGUACCGACCGACUAGUGAGCCAAAAUUAGAUUCAACGCUUGUUUUACAAACUGAACUCAUACAAGUUUUCACAGAAAAGUUUGAGACUUUACAAGCCAGCGAAUGGAGGUUCUGUCCUUCUUUAUGGCCUUGCGAUGAGGAUUCGAUCUACUUUGUGGUUCAUAAUGAAUUCAUGGAAAAACGAAAUAAGGAGCCGGGAGGAGAGGAGGUUUUAGAGCCUAACUAUUUUAAAUUAAAUGAAAAAUGCGACCGUCUGGCUGUCCAUAAAACUAAGGCAAGAUGCCUAUACGCAUGCUCAUUCGACAUGUUCGUAGAUGUUGUCGAUGCAUUUUCCGAUCAAUUGUUAACAGAUGAACAAUUUCAAGUCACCAGAAUAUGCAGUAUGUUCGCACCACCACAAGAAAUCGAUCGUACCUCUACAUCUUCUCUACGACCGGAUCUCAGAACUUCCACUCUUUCUCUCGCAUCUCAUUCUCAACUCCCACGCCCUCUUCCUAUUCUUCAACAUCUUUUUUGGGGAGAUCGAGCUGGAUCAACCAACUUUUCCACCAAUGAUCGCUAUGGAAGCGAAGGAAAUCUCGAUAUGUCCCCGAGUCGUCGAAAUCCAAGACGUCCUGCAUCUGCAACAAUUUCAAAUUCCACCAGAAGACGUCGUUAUCGAUCUUGCAACUCUCCUGAAAACACCGAUUUGGAAGGUAGUCGUGUGACAUUGGAAACUGGAGCCGAAGACUAUCAAAGUCUUCCCCGAUACAUCAGACAACUCAAUCAACGAGAUUUCGCAAGUCCCAGGAAUAGUAUUGCCAACGGAAGAUUUAAAUUCGUUCCGAUCGACAGAGCAUUGCCUUCAUCAUCUUCCUGUAGUCAUCCACCGACAACUUCAGGAUCUUGUAACAGUAGUCUAGCAGAAGAAGCAGCAAGAUCUGCCACACCAAACGAAGCAAGUCGAGGUUCUCUCGAGCGAACCAGUUCAAACGGAUCGACUACUGUACGAAAAAACAAUGAGACUUCUGGACUGAAAAGUCAUUUUACAAUGGACGAACUACGAAUGAUAGAUGAAACUGAUACGGAGACAAUCGACACAGCUAGAGAUUUAGUAGAAGAACAGGAGAGGGUAUCCUAUGGCAAGUUUCUUAAAAAUUCUGUUCUUGCUUAUCAAAAUACAACGAAAAAUGUGGAUAACAAGAACCAGAAGGAUACAAGGAGUAGUAAAAAUUAUAUAUUCCCUAAUGGAACUGUGACUAUCAAACUGGAAAACGGAGAUGGUUUUCUAGAUGACAAGAUUACGAAUUCCGAUAGAACUCGUGAAUUUUCACUUUACUUUCCUUGUCUAAACAAAAAUUUAGAAAUACGUUUGUUUUCAGCUACACCGUACCCGCCAAACGAUGCCGAACGGCCAAUCAGUGAGGCAUCUUCAUGUGCUGAAAUAUCUGAAUCAUCUCCACAACAGUCUUCAUCAAAAGUUGAGUCAAAACCACAUCCUCCGGUAUCUAUUCCGGCAAUCGACUUCUCUCGUUUGCCGCCCCAAGUUUCCCGAUCCAAAAGAAGUACUUCCGUAGUUGCAACCAAUCUUCGACAGUCCACACAACGAAGGUUUUCCGCUUUUUCUACAGAUAGUGAGUUUUUUUUCUUUUUACACCGCGACCGAGGACGGUCUGCCAGUCCGUCGUUCGAGCAUUAUCAGAAUCGAUCGCUCCGUGGAUUCACUUCUGCUUUCUUAAUUUCAGCGAAUCGCGGAUCAACGCGAAAUUCAACCGCUCGACACGUGCAACUCUAUCAAUUCCUAACAUCGAGAAGUUCCUCGUUCAAAGCAAUGUGCAAACCCAACUCGGUGCUCGUUUACACUGGAGGAGAUACCACGCUGUAUUCCGACAUUCGGAGCCGUCUCAAUUCUCUUUUACCAGCUGAUGAAAUUACUGUUUUCAAUGUAUCAAUCGAGGCCUUAAGGAAACAACCAUGGGCGGAGAAAUCGACAGUCUGUGUGAUUCUUGCUUCUACCAACGACUUGGACGAUGAUGCAUGGGAGAAAAUUCAAGCGUAUUUCAAUCAGAACGGCAAAAUAAUUUUCGUUUGCCAGAACAAACUUCUUGCAAGUAUUGCUGGAUCGGAUUCGAGCAAAACGAAUGCUUCUAUCCUUCGUUUUGCAUUCGGAAAUCAAAGUAGUAAACUAAAAGAAACAAACAAAGAAUUUGUGAAAUUCCUCGAAAAAAACAUGAAAAAACUUCCAAAAUCACACGCAAUCAACGAAACAUUCCGUUCGAAAGAUGUCAGUGUUGGUGCAAAUUUUACGGUGGUGCUCAAAAAAGAACCAGAUGCUCCAUUAUUCCUGUAUAUGCAAAACAAUGGAAGUUUACAUGCUUCUGCGUUGUUCUCUGAUGCGACAACUCAACAACUGAUAGCUCCAAACAGUAAUCUUUUACGAGAUUCUCUGCAAAGUGUUGGCGUCAGUGUGUGCGAAACUUCAAUUCCAGCAUUAACGAAAGGGAUUUUACUGGCUGAAUACGAUUCGAUUCUUGAAUCAACAUCUGGAAUUCGUUUCGGUGAAGAAAUUGGAUUACAACCACGCAUUCUGCUUCGGAAAUCAGACGAUGUGAAAGAUCUAGGACUACCUGAAGUCACUGCAAAACUAUUGCCAAUCGAGGUUGUUAACAGAGAAUCAGAAGCAGGGACUAGUAAGGAGUUUGAUUUGAAUCUCUAUUUCGAUCAGUUGCGGUCGAAACUAGGUCAAGUCAUUUUGGUAGUGGAUGUGGCAACUACAACUAUGGAUAUAAUUGAAAGUGUUACUCAUGGGAUCCCAUCACUGGAGAACAUUGUAGUCAUUGCAAAUCGACAGAUUCAAGGAAGAGGCCGAGGAGGCAACGAAUUUCUUUGCCCACGUGGAAUGGCGAUGUUCAAUUUCUCAUUCACUCUCAAAAAGGCGCAUAGAGUUACCAAGAAUCUGCCCAUAGUCCAGCACAUCUUCUGUGUGGCACUCGUUGAAGCAGUUCGAAAUCUAUCUGGUUAUCCAGAUUUCCCACUUCGCAUCAAAUGGCCGAAUGAUUUGUACUGUGAUCGGUCUCACAAAGUCGGAGGAAUGCUUCUACAAUGCAAAUCAAGAGACGACUCAUUCCAAUUAAGCAUUGGGUGUGGAAUGAAUGUGUCGAAUGAGAAGCCAACGCUUUGUUUGAAUGAUAUGUUGCCGAAAGAAGCAGAAACGAGGAUCACAAGAGAACAACUGAUUGCGGAGACGUUGAACAAGUUCACUUAUUACAUAAGGGAUUACGACAGCAAUGGUCCCGAGAACUUCAGAAGAAAAUACCACGAGUACUGGCUGCAUUCACAGCAAGAAGUCCUGUUGUCAGAUUUCAACGAACGAGUCACAAUUCGAGGAAUAGAUGAAAAUGGCUACUUGCAAGUGCGAAGCAAGUCGAAUCCAAACAAAAUCUUCUCAAUCGGUGAUGAUGGAAACACUUUCGAUAUGAUGAAAGGGCUGAUUCGUCAUAAAUAUUAG